CCCACCUCUGGCGUCUCCUCUAAAUUUUUAUUCUUUAUAGGAUUUUUGAGAUUGUUCGUUAUUUUUCAUGUAUUAUACUGUAUAUAUAUUCAUCAUUACCGCAUUUGAUUUUGAAAAUAAAUGUGUCCUUAAUUCAUUAUUAGGAUUUUAAAGGAAUCUGUGUGCAUUAUAGAAAGCAAUCAUAGCAUUUUUGCUUUGGGAUGAGUAUCAAAUUAUAAGAUCAUGACAUCUGCAAAUGAUAACAUCUUAUUGCUGAACUACAAGGCGUCCAACUGCAGUGGUAUUUUAAUAGGACGAUCUUGAAUGCGCUAAGUGUGUUUGAGGUAGCGCUUUGAUACUUGUGUAAACCCAAUUUGUUAAGGUACAUAGCAAAUAAAGGUCUAAUUUUCAGCUUCAAAGAAAAAAUACUUUUUACGCUUCAUACAAUGCAUGCUUAGCGUAGGACCGAAAUUCAAUUAACGAUAUUAGAAAUAAAUAAUCCUGCUCAGGUCUUUAAGAGUGUGGGCUGCUCUGCAUUGUAUAUAACGUGCGAUUGGCGCUUUUCCUUGCUAUUUUAUCGUCAACGUCGGUCGAUCGCGGACAGCGAGUGAACACUGUUCAGCCAUUGGUGCGCACUUGUCUGUCAAAGUUACACAUCAUCCUGUAAUAUACCACGACUUCAAAUGAAUUCUUUAUUCAAACUUGAAGGCAAUUAAUAUUAACCAAACCGCCAAUACUUGUUUAGCAUUUGUUGAUAAGAAACCAUGUCAAUUCAUUUAUGCUUGGCCGCUAACGAAAGUUUAAACGUUACCUUGGAUAAGGAAAACUCGUCGACUGUAAGUUUAGUCCAACCCAAGGAUUACCCUUUCCUGUAUCAGAUUAUUUCUGUGAUUAUCGGCAUUGUGAUAUUUCUGGUGGGGAUGCUUGGUAACAUUCUCGUCAUUGUGGUGGUCUGUCGAACUAAGUGCAUGCACACUCCCACCAACUGCUACCUCCUGAGCCUGUCCGUCGCGGAUUGUCUGGUUCUACUCUCCGCUACCCUUCCCUCUAUUCCGGAACCAUUCUUUCACACCGGGGAGUGGCCAUGGGGAGAUGUUACUUGUUCUCUCUUGGUGUUUCUACAGUAUCUUGGUGUUCAAGCAUCUUCAUUAUCAAUUACAAUGUUUACCAUUGAGCGAUACAUCGCGAUAUGCCACCCCAUGAAGGCCCAGCGUAUGUGCACAGUGCAAAGGGCAAAACGCAUAAUCAUCGCUAUUUGGAUUUUCACGAUACUCUAUUGUGCUCCAUGGCUAGGCCUAACUGUUGUGGCAACUGAUUCAAAGACCCAGGUCCAAACCUGUGCCCACCGACUGGAGAGAGAGAAAUAUCUGGCUUACUACCUCACGGAUCUCAUCGCUUUCUACAUCGUUCCCCUUCUCGUUUCUGGAAUAUUAUAUGGGCUGAUCGCUAGAAUUUUGUUUAUCAAUACGAUUCCUCGAUCAAAAUCACAGGAACAACACUAUCCAAAGACGGACAAAUGCCGUGUUAAGAAGUCCACCUUCAGUUCCAGGAAACAGGUUGUGAGAAUGCUGAUUGUGAUUUUCGGCGUCUUCGCGAUCCUGUGGAUGCCUUAUCGGGUUAUGGUAGUGUACAACUCGUUUGCUAAAUCUAAAUACAAGGAUCCGUGGUUUCUUUUAUUUUGUCGGAUCAUGGUCUACAUCAACAGCGCCAUCAACCCCAUUCUGUAUAACGCCAUGUCUGUUAAAUUCAGAAGGGCUUUCCAAAACAUACUGUGUUGUGGGGUUGGUAAGUUAAAACAAGGCUCUGACGCCUAUUCAGAGUACACGAUGGACCACCGAGCCGCCAUUCGUCUCAAUAACUGUCCGGGAAUGGAAAAAUCCUAUCUUCUUAUGCCACCGGACGCUAAAAGAAAAAACCCAUCCAUGGAAAGCAUAACAUUAACGGAGAGUGACGGUUGUCGAGCUGUUAUAUGAAUGACGCGUGUCUUAGGGGAACCUUACAGUGGUCAGUGACACUAUAUAACUGAAACAAUGGGAAACCCAGGUGACAACUUAAUUUGUUUUCUCAAAAUGACCAGCAAGAAGGAAAUAGUUUCUUCGAUUCACACCGAGAGACACUAGGGGCAAAUAAUGAUCUAUCCUUCAUUUCCGACAGAAUAGGAUGACGAUUUCAACAGGGGACAUGAGAAUGCCUCUUAGGUGUAAACUCAAUUAAACAACGCUUGUGAUUUGACUGAGAAAAAUAUUUCCAAUUUUGUAUCGUAUUUCAAAGUCUUUAUUUACCAACACAUUAUUGCAUCCAUUAA